AUGCCCCCUACACCUACUCAACACCAGCGCACCCCCCUUCGGGCCCGUAGCACCAACACACCCUACGGUAGAUCAGCUACGGUCCAGCAGGCUGCUGAUAAAUCGCCUACCAACCUCCCUUCUCCUUCCCGGCCCCUUGCCAACAACCGAUCGGGCAGCCUUUUCAAACCACCAAUGCCCGCUAACAUCUGCCUGCCGGUCGAUGAACCCGUCGCAGUCGUUGACUCGUUGGAAGCCGCAGCGGGUCAUCUCGACGCCCUCGAGCGCAGCCUCGACAACCUCGCGUCCUCGCCCCCUUUCCCUCCCGGGCACUCACAACGCUGA